ACGUAUCGUAAGAGCAAACCCAAUAUAUUUGGCGCUGUUCUUACCUACAAAUCGUAAUACGGCUAGUGUGAAUAAGUAUUUGUAUGCGUAUACCGGUGAAAUUUCCAGAGAAUGGCAGAUCCUAGGUUAAAGCAAAUAAAAAUAAAAUCGGGUGUAAUUAAAAGGUUAUCGAAGGAGAAAAAUAUGUACGAAAAAGAAGCUGAACAAGAGAAAAGAAAAUUAGAAAAAAUGAAAGCUGAAGGAAAAGAUGAAUACGAUAUUAGAAAACAGGAGGAAGUCUUGCAAGAAUCAUUGAUGAUGAUACCGGAUUGCCAAAAACGUCUGAAUACAGCGUAUACAGACCUUAAAAAUGUACUGGAAGCUGAAACUGAUAUUUCUGAGCAAGAAGACUAUCAGGAAGCCAAAGCUGUUCUUCAGAUGGCUGAAUCAUCUCCAAAUUAAUUUGGAGCAUUUACGUUCCAUUUAUAUCGGGAAACAUUUUGAGGAUUACACUGUUUCUUCAGCUGUAGUUUUGCAUAAAUAAUGAAUUUAUCUCACCGUUAUUGUGUCUACAAUAUGUUGUUUCAUGGGCUUGCUUUAUUCCAGUAAGGUUAAGAUGCCUCAUAUUCUAGAUAUAUAUAUAUAUAUAUAUAUUAGAUAGAUAUUCUGACCUGAAAGUGUUGCUAGUUUCCCUUCACUGAUAAUUAACCUGGCUCUUUCAGUUUAAUUUCUAUUUAUCAGGUCAUUUUGCAAGAAGCUGAAGUAAACAUAAGUGCAUGUUUACAGUGAAUACUGGUGUUUGUUUUUUAUACAUUUGAUAGCUUUCCUUACUUGUACUUCUCAUUAAAAAAGUUAUCAUUAAUUGUUGGUAAGGCUUAGUAAAUACAUCCGUUGUUUAUAUUAAAAAAUCAGACUAUGCAGGUAUAUUUUGACCUGCCAAUCUUCACUGGUUGGUAGGUGUCGCUCGGGAGCUAAAGUACUGUACUGUAAGGAUGACUUGCUGAUUAAUAGAAAGUAUUGUGAUACUAAUCAAUGAUGUGUUAUUCUAGUCCUACAUAUUGUUAUAGUCUGUGAAAAGCAAACUUGGUGGAAUAUGUAACUUUUCUCUGUUUCCAAUUAGUCAGAUAGUAACUUUUUUUACGUUUAUUGGUUUCUACGAACAUAAUAUCUUGGUUUUAUAACUUUAAAAGAAACACCUUAAACAUUUAGUUGACUUAGUAAGCUUAAUAUCAAAUACAAGCAGAUAAUUAAAUGUAAGUGGAAAAAAGUAGCUUAACUGUUUAAUAGAUGGCGGUAGUGUUCAAAUUUGUGCUUGGAGUGUUGAAAGUCUAUUUUUCAUUUUCUUUCUACUUAACUAGAAAACGGUAAAUUUCAAGUGUUCUAUAAUUCAUGUGAAACUUGUAUAAAAUAUAGGUUUUUUUCACUAAUUUCCAACUACUAAAGAAAAGCAGCUCUAAUGACGUGUAGUAUACUUGUUGCUCACUUUUCUACCAAAGUUUGUUUUUAGUUGUUUUAAUUGUCAAGAAUCUAAUAAUUUAAAACGAUUGUUUCGGUCAUUGUUGGUUGUUAAGAAUGUAAUAAUUUAAAACAAGUGUUUCACUCGGUAACCACUGUUGGUUGUUAAGAAUGUAAUAAUUUAAAACAAGUGUUUCACUCGGUAACCACUGUUGGUUGUCAAGAAUGUAACAAUUUAAAACAGGUGUUUCACUUGAUAGCCAUUGUUGGUUGUUAAGAAAGUAACAAUUUAAAACAGGUAUUUCACUUCGUAGUCACAGUUUGUAUAUGUUUACUAUCCUUUUAUGGUUCUUGAACUAAAUAUUUGUCAUAGUUACAAUUAAUUUGAUUUUUGCAUUUUAUUGAAAACACAAUGAUGUAUGAAUCUUUAACUGUAUGUAAAAUCUAUUAUAAUGCUUUUUGCACAUAAAUUUGGUUAAAUAAUAAUUUUGUUUUUCUAACUUAUAGUGAAACGAAAUUGUAUCUUUUUG